AUGUGGAAGGCAGCACUCUUGUCCCUGGGUUUGUUGGUGGCUCUGGUAGACCGGGUGCGCUCCAACGACGGCCAUCCCUCGUUCUACGGGGUGAAACUGUGCGGGAGAGAGUUCAUACGAGCUGUCAUCUUUACCUGUGGUGGUUCUCGCUGGAGGAGAAGCAUAGGAGACUCAGCUCUCAUUGGAGAAGAAGCCUUUGACCCAUGGAACACAGACCCCAUCCAUCAUACCAAUGAGCAGGAUACUGUAGAGUCCAAAGGAUGGAAAGAUCAAGCGCUGGAAGUGGCACCGGUGGCUACUGGAUUCAGAAACUCAGCUCGCUUGCCGAUCUCAGAGGAGGUGCUGGAGGCUCUGCGGAGUGCGGACAGGAAGGGACGGGAUGUAGUGGUCGGACUGUCCAACGCCUGCUGCAAGUGGGGAUGUAGCAAGAGUGAAAUCAGCUCCCUGUGCUGA